UCCCUAGAACUGACUCUUAGAACUGGUUCAGUCUGGCCAGUUGUUGGGUGGUUCUUUUUAUAUGUGGGCAUUUUAAUUUGUCAAGAUUGACUUUAUGAGCUUGCUUUGAGAUUUCUAUAAUCCUGUUCCUACGCUUUUUUGAUAAGUGCCGGGUAAGAGAGUUAUCUAAUAUCUGAUCUUAGAUGUUAGCGACAGGACAGUGUAUGUAAAGCAAUAUAGUUUUCAGGUAAGGUCCAUGAAGAAAUGAAGAAACAAACUAAAAAAAAAAAAAAAAAUCACAAAAUGUUAGCAAAUUACAAAAAUGAGGUCCUCUGAGCGCCCUCUAGUGGGGCAGAAUGGGUUUGAAUGCUUAGGAAUGUUCGAUCCAUCGAUGCUUUUAAAAGACUGCCUUAUCUUUCAGGGCGGCACGGUAACGCAGUGAUUUCCUCUCACAGUCCAAAGCCAUGCAGGUUUCCAAUUUUCUUUCGUGGCGGCAGUCUCAACGCCUGGUACUCUUCCCAAGCUAUCAGUUUUGUUCCAGCCUGUCCUCCGCUGGAUUCUGCAGAAGUGAACAAGUUGCAUGAGUUAGUCGGUCGGGCGAAAAAGUUAUUUGUGAUAACGGGUGCCGGGCUUUCCACGGAAUCCGGAAUUCCAGACUACCGCUCCGAAGGCGUCGGGCUUUACAGCAGGACCCAGAGACGUCCUAUUGAACAUGCCGAAUUUCUGAGGAGCGCCUCUGCCCGACAGAGAUACUGGGCACGGAACUUCGCGGGAUGGCCACAGUUUUCAUCCUAUCAGCCAAAUUCAGCCCAUCUAGCCCUAAAAAACUGUGAGGUCCUGGGCAAACUACACUGGCUAGUGACCCAGAAUGUGGAUGCAUUACAUUCAAAGGCUGGCAGUCAGCGCCUGACGGAGCUGCACGGUUGUACGUACCGUGUAGUCUGUCUGGGUUGUGGAGCUCAAUUGUCUAGAAGACAGUUCCAAGAUCAACUUCUACAGCUGAACCCUAGCUGGAAUGAGAAGGCACAGGAGGUUGCUCCAGAUGGAGAUGUCCAUUUAAGUGAAGAGCAGGUGAAGCAUUUUCAUGUUCCAGACUGCAAUACAUGUGGAGGAAUCCUUAAGCCAGAUGUCACAUUUUUUGGCGAUACAGUACAACGAGACAAAGUUAACUUCAUUUUAGAGCGUCUGGCCGAGGCUGAUGCAGUGCUAGUUGCUGGCUCAUCUCUACAGGUUUAUUCAGGAUACAGGUUUCUCCUUGCUGCUAAUGAGAGGAGGUUGCCAAUUGCUAUAGUUAACAUUGGCCCCACCCGAGCAGACCACCUUGCCUGGAUGAAGCUUAAUGGCCGUUGUGGGGAAGUCCUUCCCUUCAUAUGGCCAGUAUGAAGGAAAGUAACAGCUUUGUCUUCUCUGGGUCAUAACACAGUAAGGUGCUAAUGAAAAACCACAUUUGUUAAAUUUUACCAUGCAAAUCAACAAAAAAAAAAAAAAAACUUUGCUAAUAAAGUAGUCUGUUUUGGCUAUAUUCUCCUCCCUAAUUAUCUGUUGACACAAAAUACUGUAUAUUUUACAAAUUCAUUAACAUAAUGAAAAAUAGGGAAGCUACCAAUUGUAGUUCUUUACUUUUCAUAAGAGAAUAGCAAAAUUAAUGAUCCCCUUAGAUAAGGACAUUAAAAAAAAAAAA